UAUCUGCACUUCCUGUGAUCAUUGAUCUCUUACUUCAAACCAAGGGCAACAAGACGUUUCUCUAACGGACUGCCCAGAACUUUUAAAGAUCUACUGUUCGUUUUUAUUUGAUUCAAAUCCAGUCGAUUUAAUACACGUUUAGUAAAGAUCCUUGUCCAGUCAAUGUGAUCCUUGUCCAGUCAAUGUGAUCCUUGUCCAGUCAAUGUGAUCCAGUCAAUGUGAUCCUUGUCCAGUCAAUGUGAUCCUUGUCCAGUCAAUGUGAUCCUUGUCCAUGCAGUCAAUGUGUUCCUUAUCCAUGCAGUCAAUGUGAUCCUUGUCCAGUUAAUGUGAUACUUGUCCAGUCAAUGAGAUCCUUGUCCAGUCAAUGUGAUCCUUGUCCAGUCAAGUUAUUAUAGGCUAUAAUGGAGGAUUGGAAUAAGGAACUAACUACAGCUGCUAGGGAUGGAGAUAUAGAAAACUUAAAAUUAAGCCUACAGAAUGGUGCAGACAUUGAUAAUCAAGAUGUGUUUGGAUGGACAGCAUUAAUAUGGGCUGCCGGGGAAGGUCACCUGGAGAUCUGUAGACUCCUCAUUGAUACAGGAUGUUGGAUCGACAUCACAAAUGGUGGUGGACAGACAGCAUUAAUGAGGGCUGCCGGUGAUGGACACCUGGAGAUCUGUAGACUCCUCAUUGAUAGAGGAUGUAAGAUCGACAUCACAUCAAGAGAUGGAGAAACAGCUUUACAUUAUGCUGCUGAGAGUGGAAAUCUACAGAUCACAAGAUGUCUGGUAGAACAAGGUGCCAGUCCCUUGAUUAAAUCACAUGAGGGUGAGACUCCAUAUGAUCUAGCAGCAAAAAGCAAAAAGAGGCAUUAUGAAGAAGUGAUGGAAUACUUACAGACUGUCAUGUCAGAGAAAUCUUCAGGUGUGACUGCUGGACAAGGGAUAGAAGAUGAUGUAGUUCCAACUGAAAUAAAAUUAAUGGCUGACAAAAGAUCUAUUGAUUUGUACCUCAAAUUACUCGAGUCAGGAUCUGAGAAAAAGAGAGACAUACGUUUAGUAGUUGUUGGAAAACAAGGUGCUGGAAAGACAUCAUUGAUUAGAAGAUUGUUUGGUGAAGACAUUACAGAUGUUACCAGUACAAAUGGAAUCGAAAUUCACAAAAUUAAAUGCAAAGCAAUGUCCGAUGAUGGCAUAUGGAAUACAUUAGAUGGAACCAAUGAAGAAACUGAAAUGUAUGCAAGACUCUUGAAACAAUUCAAAGAAACAAUUGGAGCAUCAGUAGAAGAAGUCACACAUGAGGCUGUCAAGGAAAACACACCAUCAACAAGUUUUGAUGAAUCAGAGACAGUUACCCAGCCUAAAAAAAGAGAAAUUCAAGUACCCACUGAAUCUAAAGUUAAACCUCCAGCAACCUCGCAGGAACCAAACCUAUCUUUAGAACAGGCAAAAACGGAUAUUGAAACCAUGCUGAAAUCUAAUGUUGAUUUACAUGACAAAGAGGAGUAUGCCAACUUGUUGUUAUGGGAUUUUGCAGGAGAUGAAGAAUUUUACCACACACACCAAACAUUUCUGUCCCAAGAUGCAAUUUAUCUUGUUGUUACAAAACUAAAUGAAGCUGACGACAAAAAUGCACAAGACAUGUUUCAGUUGUGGAUGAAUUCAAUACAUUGCUACUGCAGACUUGAUGAUCAGAAAAACAAAGCUGAAAGUAAUACUGGUGAAAUGCAUGAAAGAAUGAUCGCUAAAGAUGAUUGUCUUGAUCCUCCAGUGGUUCUAGUUGGUUCACAUAGAGACAAAGUUGAGCAUUCCUCUGGACAAACGAUUGAAGAUGCAUGUAAAGAACGCAUUUAUAAAUGUAUCAAUCCUGUUUCUGAAGAUGCUUGCAAACAUAUAAGGGAAGAAUAUUUUAUUUCGAAUACAGAGGAUGAGAACAGCAAAUUCAAACAUAUAAGACAAGGCAUAUUAAACUUAGCAAGAACAAUGAGAGCAUGGAAUAAAGAUUAUCCUUUAAAAUUCAUUCAGCUGGAAAAACUUCUCCAAGAGAAAAAGAAGGAUUUAAGUAUUCCAAUAAUUUCAUUUGAAGAUAUAAAGAGUAUCUCUACGGAAUCACCAAAGCCGUUAAGCGAUGAAGAACUCAAGUUGUAUCUAAAAUUCCACCAUGAAAUUAGAGCUUUGGUUUAUUUCGAGGAUCUUCCUGAUUAUAUUAUAUUAGAUACGCAAUGGUUGUCUGAUGCCUUUAAGCAUAUAGUAACAGCAGAAAAAUUUCAAUCAAGUGUAAGGAGAUAUUGGAAUAAGAGCAAAUGGAAUGAUUUACGUGAUAAAGGAGUUUUACAUAGUGAGGUUUUAGAAGAUAUAUUCAAACAAGAUGAAACAAUUUCUAAGUAUAAAGAUCAUAUCCUGAACGUUAUGGAGAAAUUUGAUAUCAUUAUACGUUCAAACAUAUCAGAGAGAAUUGCUGCCUAUGAGAAUCUUUGUUAUUAUGUUCCUUGUAUGAUUAAAGAAGAAUCACAGCGUGAUAUUUACGAAAUGCUCAAUUUGACAGAAAAUAACUUUGAAAAAUCCACUUGGUUAUAUUUUGUGUUUAGAUUUCUGCCACCACAUCUUAUGAAUCAUUUGAUUGCUUCACUGUGCAGGAAGUAUAAUCUUACAGAAGUGGUUGUUCCUAACAACCAGAAGAGAAUUGCCCUUUUUAGGGACGCUGCAGUCUUUGAGGUACAGAAGACCAAAUUGAGGAAGUUGCUUGUUUCGACAGGUCCAAAUUCUAUUCAGAUCCAGGUUUGGGAAUUUGGGCCAAGAAUUGAAAGAGGACUGUAUAAACCCAUUGCAAACUUUGUAAGGGAGGAAUUAGAAAAGAUAAUAAAUACAAGAUUUAAGAUGUCAAAUGUAAAAUUUGAGGAGAGGUGGGAAUGUGGCCUUACAAAAUCAAAGUUUGUGACAGGUACUAAUGGCUUUAGUGAAGAGCUGUCUACACAUUAUCGGUGUGAAACAUGUGCUAAAACCCAUGAGUUUAUUGGUGAAUGGUCAGUUCAACCAGAUGAUGUGUAUGACAAGAAAGAGGGACAAAAGGGAUUGGUCCUGAUUGUUAACUUUAUGUUUAGUGGCCGUCAUAAGAGACAAGGUUCUGAAGUAGAUGUCACUAAUCUUAGAGAUUUCUUCUCCAACUUGGGAUAUCAGGUAGAAUGUGAAUCAGACAUGACAAAGAGGGAAUUACAAGAUUGUUUCCAGAAAAUUGAAAGCAAAUACUUAACAGAGAAUUCAAAGGAUUAUCAUUCUUUUAUCUGUGUGAUUAUGAGUCAUGGAAAUGAGAAUGGAAUUUCUACAAAAGAGGAAAAUGGAAUGAUUACUGAGCAUGAAAUAACAAAACCAUUCAAAAACAAGGAAGGGGGCAAAUUUAAUGGUAAACCAAAGCUAUUUCUCUUUCAAUCCUGUCGUGGACAACAAAAACAAAUGAAGGUUGUGGUUCCUGACAGUGAUGAGCCAUCCGGAUCCAUAGGAAUAGACAGUGACGAUGCCCUAGUGAAUAAAGUGCCAACAGAUGCUGACAUUUUAGUAGCACAUGCAACAACCCCAGGUUAUUAUUCGUUUCGCAACAAAACUGAUGGCGCACACUUCAUUCAAGCAUUCUUGUCUAUUGCUAAGAAAAAAUACAAAGUCUGUCACGUAGAAGAGAUGUUAAUAGAUGUGAGAAGGGAAUUGGCCAAAAAUCCGGAACAUGAAAUACAAUUUGGACACUUUGCCGGAUCAUGUCAGACGAGUGUUUCACAGUCAACAUAUAUAAAGAAAUUUUUCUUGUAAUGUCAAUCAAACGUUUAGUAAAGAAGCUGGCUAACAAGAUACAUCUGACGAACACGUCACUCUUGUAUUUAAAUGUACGAAUAUUCUUCUUUAAGCUUAUUAAAGAUUUAUAUUUAUCGAACAGAAAAUAAUCUGAAAUUUGACAAUGAAAAUAAUUAAAACAAGAUUACUUUUUUUAACAGACCAAGUGAUCUUUUCUUCUCACCUGGUAUCUGUCGUCUAUUGUUAACUUUUACAAAAAUCUUCUCCGCUGAAACUACUGGCCCAAAUUUAACCAAACUUGGCCACAAUCAUCAUUGGGGUAUCUAGUCUGCCAACCAACAUGGCUAAAAAUAGAACAUCGGGGUAAAAUGCAGUUUUGAGCUUAUAUCUCUGAAACUAAAGCAUUUAGAGUAAUCUGACAUGGGUAAAGAUGUUCACCAGGUUCAGAUCCAUCUGCACUGAAUUUUUCAGACGAAUCAGACAACCUGUUGUUAGGUCGCUGUCCCUGAAUUGGUAAUUUUAAGGAAAUUUUGCUGUUUUUGGUUAUUAUCUUGAGUUUAAUUAUAGAUAGAGAUAAAUUGUAAAGAGCAAUAAUGUUCAGCAAAGUAAGAUCUACAAAUAAUUUUUACAUGACCAAAAUUGUCAGUUGACCCCUUAAGGAGUAAUUGCCCUUUAUACUUUGCCAUAUUUAAUCACACUUGGCUACAAUCAGCAUUAAAUUAGGAUUUUUUUAUUCGUUUGUGAUGAGUUAAAACUAAAGCAGAUAGAGAGAAACUAAACAGGCUAAAUGAUCAGCAAUACAAGAUCAACAAAACAGAUUUUUCUCAUGAAUUCUAUUCUUGUCUACAAUAUUGGAAAGUGUCCUUUGUUGAAUAUGCACAUAUACCAAGGUGAGCGACACAGGCUCUUAAGGGCCUCUAGUUUAAUGUUGCUUUAUUUAGUAUCUCCUUGAAAACUUGAAGCCAACUGGUAAAAAAUUGUUCCUUUAUUCUGUGAUGUAAAGUUACCCAAGUUACAGGGGUGAUGCAUUAAUAUAAAAGUAUAAUUUUAAGAUCAGGCAAAAAUCAAGUGGAACUUAUAUGUGAUUCAUGAUGCAUGUACAUGAUACCAACUGCUGACAAUUUAUUCCAAAAUGUUUUUUUUUAUCAAUUUUUAUCAUAGAUCAUAUUUAUAGCUUCUAAAAUAUGUGUUGAUGUAGUCGGAUUUCAAUCGUUCAUGUUAAUAGUUUAGUAAUCACAUGAAUGUGAUUCAUCUUAACUUUUAUAGAAAGUGGUCUGAUUUCGGAACCAGUGGGGAAAAUGUUCAUGUUUUAUUUGUUAAGAAAGUGAAUAAAUCUUAGCUUCAGCAUGUAAGUGUUUUGAAUUUUAUUUCUAUAGUACCAACAUGGAUUUGUUUGAACAUUUUUUUUUUAUAGAAAUUGUUUAGAAUUAAGAACCAGUGUAUUCGUUUGAAAAUGUAUUGUAUAGAAAGUUUAUAUAUUUGCCACCAGCAUGAUAAAGUGUAAUGCUUUAUUUGUCAGAAAGUGUUAAUAUUAAACCACCAAAAUUAAUGUGUUUCAUUGUAGUGUUUAUAUUUUAGCACCAUAAUUAUUGUAUCUUAUAUUUCAUUUGUUUGUAAACUGUUUACAUUUUUGCACCCACAUAAAUAUUCUUUCAUAGAUAUUUGUAUAGAACUUGAAUGUGUCCAUUGUUAUCUGUAUAUGCAGUGUAUAGGAUUUAAGCACCAACAUGAAUUCGAAUAUGUUUCAUGUUUUAUAUUAUAUAUUUUAGAAAGUGUAACGAUUUAAGCUCUAUAAUAUCGUUUUCUGAAUGUAUCUGUAGUGCAUAGUUUAUGCAAAGUUUGUGGACAAUGUAUUGAGGACGAGAUCCACUUCAUUCUUCUGUGUUCAGCAUAUAGAUAUUGCUGGUAAAGAUCAAGUGUAUAUAAACUGAUACAGUUACCAAACUGUUAAACAUGACUUAAUUGGAAAAUUAAUUAAAAUUAAGGACUGUAUUUUAUAAAAAUUCUCUGUCUACAUCUUUUUUUGUGAAUAUAACUGUUAUAUCUUGUAAACACAGAUGAGCGUUAAAACGUAAGGUAAUAAAGUGUAUAUUCUUUUACUGUGACUUGAC